AGAAAAGAUGAUAAAGUUUAAAAUUGCAUGAGGAAGCACGCGCAGGGCGUCCAGUGAACAGCCAGCAUUUUCGGAACGGCAAGCUCCGCGGUGAUGGCGAGGCGCCCGGAAAACCCGGUCGGCCAAACCACCUGCCUGUAAGCCUCUGCCGAGAGCCAUGAUGGACCUGGCAGGGCUAGACCCCGCCGAAGGCGUUCCCGAUGACGGGCAAACGACCAAGUACUCCGACGAGGUAGACCUCCUGGGCGCCCUCAUGGACUGUAUUCAAGACAUGACGGGUGCUGCUGGACCUCCCACUGCUGCCGACUUCGCGUCUGAAGUCAUCAUCGACUACGUUAAGAGUAUCACAGCAUUCGACGGGGACAUUUUGCCACCGGAAAGACAGCUGCCAGCGAAUGGGAAACAUCUCAUGGACCUCUCGCUCGAAACACUGAACGGCAUUGAAGGUGUCCCGUUGCAGACACCCAUCGUCCCCGCACGCAGCAGCGAUCCUGGCCUUGCAGACAGGACUGUGAAGGGUCGCCUUGUCACCUUCCAGGUGGACAACCAUGCAACAACGGGCACGCCCGCGUACUGGUGCAUUAAAAAUCAACAUAUUACGAAGCUUCCUUAUCACAGCAGCAGCCAUUCUUGCGCCGACAAAGCAGCUCAGACUUCUACUAGUAACUUGUACAUCAGAGCAGCCAAUAAGUCAUCUCAGACGUCCGAAACCAUAUACGGUAUCAGCGUGGGCACGUCUUCCUGCGAUGACAUAUCGUCGACGGCAACCCAGACGACAUGCGAGCAAAGUGAGUCCGCCUCCAGUUCUUCGUCGACCGAUACGAACUGGGCCGAGUCGAACGCUACGACCGCGGCUACUGCGUCGCGGUUCUCCGAAGACAGUUCCACAUCCGGCGAGAAGACGCCGUGCACUAAAUCUCGAACGUCGCAAACGUCUGGAGUAACGAAGACUACGCAAACUUCUUGCACAACGCGGACGUCGCAAAGCUCGUGGCAAGGCGGCUGCCUUUCCACCGUGACGUCAGAGUCUACUGAAGAGAGUGCGCAGGAACAGACGUCCUUGAGCACUCUUGAAGAAUGCGAAAAUGAAACUUUGCAACAAAUUGGAAGCGAGAACCUCGACCUCCUAAGCGCCACCGCUGAGCUCAAUCCGCAGUCCGUCGAGGCACCAGUUCCUGUUAUGGACCCGUUGUACGACAUGCAGAACAUACAGUCGACUAUGCUAGCCAGUUACUGCACCGUUAUGGAAGGGGCACAUGAUACGGACGAGGAAAUGUUGCAACUGGUCACCACCUCUGAGCAGAUGCCAGGAGACACGUCCUCUUUCAGUCAUCCGGACGAUACGUACGCACUCGAGUUCCCCUUGACCACAGUGGACGAACUGUCGGUCUUUCAUCCGGAGUCCGCAGACAGGAGCCAACCUCGGAUAUACUCGACUGACCUUCUGGUUGACAUACAACCACGCCCCGAUAUGGGACAUCUUCAGUGCGCAGAAAAUCCUUUUACUCCGCGCUUCAUCUCCCCAUUCGAACCUGUAACUGAAAUGAGCGGACCGCAAGAGCCCCUAAUCCAAUUCUCCGGCAGCACCAUUCAUCCUAGCGUCGAUGAAAAAUCUUUUAUCAACUUUCUCUUUUCGAAUAUCUCUAACGAAACACCGGACGGCGAAGUUCAGAUGAAGUCCAUGCAUGACUUGUCCAAUCUAGAAGCCAAAUUCUUUCAAGUCGACAACCCCGAAGCGUUAUUCCAGCGGCACUCUCAGAGUGCUUUUCAACCGAUCUUCACACCGUUCGAAAUGCCCGAACCAAUCCGGCCCAUUGAAGAAAUUUCGUACUUCUAUGACCCGGAUUGCGCUCAGUUUGAAAUGGUAGACAACAACAACAAUUUGAUCGAAGGUUCUAAAAUGUACGAUGGGCUCACGACUAUCGACGAAGCUGACGUUGCCAACGUAACUAGCGGAGACAUAGACCGCUUCACGUCAACGCGGAGUUGCAGCGAGCAAGCCAACAGCGGGUCCGAGGAACACACGAGGGAAGCGACUGACGCCACAGUGACCAGACACCAGGACAUAACCCAAGAGCACGUCAUGAACGUCUUCCCCGUGCAAGUGUUCAACACAGUGCCGGACUUCAUGCGUUCACAAACGCCGUUCUUCUACGAGAAAGGUGCAAAAGCCAAGGACAUGGAAGGGAACGGCACGGACGCUGAAAGUGGGCAGACUCUCUUGAAGCAGGAGUCGGACGGGCAAAGGACAAUUGACGGCACGGAGCCGGAAAGAAAUUACGACGUGCUUCGUCGCCGGUUGAGCGCCGAGAAAGCGCGGAGGAAGACUCGGGCGUUGUUUUCAGACCAUGACGGCAACGACGCAUCGACGAACGCGGGGAUGCAAAGCAGCAGCAGUGUUGAGGACUCGGGUUCCGAAACAGAGGAGGGCGAAAUGAAAACCGUGAUUAGGAAAAGAGGGCUGCAUAGGAUGUUACAAAGUGAAUGUACGAGGAACGUCGGAGGGGAGACGAAGAAGGAGUUGCCCCCGAAGUCGAAGGUCACGGAAAGAACUUCGGCUCAGUUCCAAGGCUCAGACCCUGAAACAUGGCCGUUGGACUGCCACACGUCGCACACGACAGCAAACUCCCGCUGCUACUUCCCCGUUGACCGGUACGACUUCGACACUGAGGAUCUGGCAGCUGGCCUCACCGAAGACUCAGCCAUCCUUCGUCCGCUUCUCGCUUCAGAAAACGAGAAUGAUUUCGACAUGGACGACCAAAGUCUUCUCGGAAUCACAGAGAGCGUGCUAAUGGGUGAGGGGUCAACUACUUCGGUUUCUCUUCGGCAAGCCGAAUUACUCAAGAGCGUUCUACCUCACUUUGGAAAUAGCGACGAGGACACGCCCGCGGGCAUCGAAGCACUAACGCCGUGCAGAGCCGUCAAGUAUGUCUCCCUACCGCACCGGCGCACCCUCUUCAACGUCCCGGACGAAACACCACAACGAGUCUUCAACGAAACGGGCACGCCUGUGCCUCCGCCGUCACCGGAACUCGGCAGGGGGUUUCACACUGAAGUCCCACUGUCAUUUUGCGACGAAGAUAUCAAGAUCAGCCGGGAGUUCUUCGGGUUCGUCGACGAGCCGUCGUCGACGCGAAGCGCAGAGACCGAAGCGGGUCGAGGGGGAAUGCUGGCGGGGUCCCCUGGGAUUCGAGUACGGUCGAGCUCGGAUUCGAGGUCUGAGAGCGAGUUUGAGCUGUUGGUGUUCGACGAGAUGCAUCCGAGGCCGAUCAAAUCACUGCAGAAGCCAGCUUUGCCCAAAAUCAGCGAAGAACAGAUGGAAUAAAGGCAGCAUGUGUGGUGGCGUCUCUAUA